GCCGAACGUUCUCGAUUUCAAAACCCUUUUUAAAAAUUUCCAAGCGACGCCGUUUCUGCAGGUCCAUGACUCCAUCCCAUCAAACGACGACGCUUCGAGGACAGCGCGAAUGACGGUUACCUCCAGAAAUGUAUGGAAGAGUCGAGAAGCACGAAGGAGACGAAGCGAGAAGGAACCCGAACAGAGUCUCUCGUAUAUAUAACCUUCGUCUUCUCCUUCCCUACCAACUCCAGAAAAUUGCUUCAAGUUGCUGUUGCGAUAGCCAAAACCUAGCUCGGUCUCUUUUCUCGUUUCUGUCACUCUCUUGAAGAGGGCUGUUCGUGUUAAUUUGUUCCCGGUUGUGUAGAUUGCUCAAGGUUGAAGGAGAUGGCGGAUGUUAACAUGGCUGAUGCGGAGACCUUUGCCUUCCAGGCUGAGAUCAACCAGCUUCUGAGCCUCAUAAUCAAUACUUUUUACAGUAACAAGGAGAUUUUCCUUCGGGAACUCAUCAGCAACGCCUCUGACGCGCUGGAUAAGAUCAGAUAUGAGAGUUUGACGGACAAGAGCAAGCUCGAUGCUCAGCCUGAGCUUUUCAUUCGGAUUGUUCCUGACAAUGUGAACAAGACGCUCUCGAUCAUCGACAGUGGAGUUGGUAUGACCAAAGGAGAUUUGGUGAACAAUUUGGGGACAAUUGCGAGGUCUGGCACAAAAGAAUUCAUGGAAGCUUUACAGGCCGGGGCAGACGUGAGCAUGAUUGGGCAAUUCGGCGUCGGUUUUUACUCCGCUUACCUUGUUGCGGAGAAGGUCAUUGUGACCACUAAGCAUAACGACGACGAGCAGUACGUUUGGGAAUCACAAGCUGGUGGUUCUUUCACCGUCACAAGGGACGUCAGCGGAGAGCAACUUGGCAGGGGUACCAAGAUCACCCUCUUCCUGAAGGAGGACCAGCUGGACUACUUGGAAGAGAGGAAGAUCAAGGACCUUGUGAAGAAGCACUCUGAGUUCAUUAGCUAUCCAAUCUAUCUCUGGACCGAAAAGACUACAGAGAAAGAAAUCAGUGAUGAUGAAGACGAUGAACCCAAGAAAGAAGAGGAAGGAGAUGUUGAGGAUGUUGAUGAGGAGAAGGAAACCAAGUCCAAGAAGAAGAAGAUCAAGGAGGUUUCCCAUGAGUGGCAGCUCAUCAACAAACAGAAACCCAUCUGGCUGCGCAAGCCAGAGGAGAUCACGAAGGAGGAAUAUGCUUCCUUCUACAAGAGCUUAACCAACGAUUGGGAAGAUCAUCUCGCCGUGAAGCACUUCUCCGUCGAGGGACAGCUCGAAUUCAAGGCCAUUCUCUUUGUUCCUAGAAGGGCUCCGUUCGAUCUAUUCGACACGCGGAAGAAGAUGAACAACAUCAAGCUCUAUGUGAGGAGGGUGUUCAUCAUGGACAACUGCGAGGAGCUCAUCCCGGAGUACCUCGGGUUCGUGAAGGGAGUUGUCGAUUCCGAUGACUUGCCACUCAACAUCUCUCGUGAGACGCUGCAGCAGAACAAGAUUCUGAAGGUGAUCAGGAAGAAUAUUGUGAAGAAAUGCAUUGAGAUGUUCAACGAGAUAGCUGAGAACAAAGAGGAUUACAAUAAAUUCUACGAAGCUUUCUCGAAGAAUUUGAAAUUAGGCAUCCACGAGGACAGCCAGAACAGGGCUAAAUUGGCAGAUCUGCUUCGCUACCACUCGACGAAGAGCGGCGAGGAGCUUACCAGCUUGAAGGACUACGUUACCAGGAUGAAAGAGGGCCAGAAUGACAUCUACUACAUAACCGGUGAGAGCAAGAAAGCAGUUGAGAACUCACCAUUCCUGGAACGGCUCAAGAAGAAAGGAUACGAAGUUCUGUUCAUGGUGGAUGCAAUUGACGAGUACGCCGUCGGGCAAUUGAAGGAAUACGACGGGAAGAAGCUGGUUUCUGCCACAAAGGAAGGAUUGAAGCUUGACGACGAGACAGAGGAAGAGAAGAAUAAAAGAGAGGAAAAGAAGAAGUCGUUCGAGAAUCUCUGCAAGACCAUUAAGGACAUUCUGGGAGACAAGGUGGAGAAGGUGGUGGUUUCGGACAGGAUUGUGGACUCGCCGUGCUGUUUGGUGACCGGCGAAUAUGGAUGGUCGGCGAACAUGGAGAGAAUCAUGAAAGCUCAGGCGCUAAGGGACAGCAGCAUGAGCUCGUACAUGUCUUCCAAGAAAACAAUGGAGAUUAAUCCGGACAACGGGAUCAUGGAGGAGCUGAGGAAGAGAGCUGAGGCCGAUAAGAACGACAAAUCGGUGAAGGAUCUGGUGUUGUUGCUAUUUGAGACUGCGCUCUUGACGUCUGGGUUUAGUCUGGAUGAUCCGAACACAUUUGCGGCAAGAAUCAACAGGAUGUUGAAGCUGGGGCUGAGCAUCGAUGAAGAAGAGGAGGGAGGAGAGGACAUGGAGAUGCCGGCAUUGGAGGAGGCGAACGAGGAGAGCAAGAUGGAGGAAGUAGACUAAAUUAAGCUAGGUGCUGCUGCAAUGGCCAGAUGAUCGCUUGUUUUGUAUGGAGAUCUUGCUUGCAGUCAACCUUUUUCUUGCUGUUUGUUUUGGGUUUUGAGGUUUUAGAGUUUUGGGGUUAGUGUAUUUCUGGGUUUGGUAGUUGGUGUCUGUAUUGUGCGACUUGGUUACCGCCUCCCCGCAUUUUGUAUAAUUGUACGGCGUGUGGGUAUAAAAUUAAUCUGCGUGAAUUCCUCACAAA